GGCCACAAGUAAUCGUCGCGACUAGUGGGAAUCGAAAUGGUAUCUGCAUCUGCAGCGCUGCUAGUCAUCGGGGUGCUGGCUGUGGUCACGCUCGGCCAUGCGGACCUGGAGUCGGACGGGGACGAACUAGUGGCCGAAGUCCCUGGAGUUCCCGGGACGCUAGCGAGUGUGCUGCCCCAGCUGAGGGCAGCCACCAUUACCGGGGUCUGCGAUGGAACGAAGCAAAUCGUGUGUGCCUCGUGCAGCAGCAUCCGAGUGUGUUUGGGCACCGCCCCCGGCCAGGAUGUGACCGUGGCUUGCCCAACCGACCAACCGUACUGCAACUACGGCACCACCUCGGAUCGCUGCUCCACCGAGCCGAUCCCGACCGUGUGCAGUGAUCCGGCCGCGAACGCUCCCGUCACCUGCUCGGCCGUGGGCAAAUUUCCAGAUGCGAGCAAUUGCCGCAUCUAUCACGGCUGCCUGAGUACCGGGGCCAGCUCAUCGAUCUACACCUGCCCCACCGGAUACGUCUUCAACCCGGCGGUGGAGCUGUGCGCGUUCGAGAAUGCGUUCUCCCGCUGCCUCACCCUGCGCUGUGGGGCCAACUUCGUCGGCCACGUCCGGUACGGAAACUCGUUGCGCUUCUUCGGGUUCUGCGACGGCACCGGACUCGCUCCGAUCGUGUUCAAGUGUCCGAACGGGGCCCGCUUCACCUUCGCCACCGGCUCCAGCUUCGGUGAGUGCGUGUACGUGUGCCCGGGCCAGGGCAACUUCCCCAACAGCAACGACCCGGCCACGUACUUCCAGUGCUUCUGGGCCAACCGGCGCUUGCAGUACAACCUGGUGCACUGCCCGACGGGCCUAACGUACAACGCCGUUCUGCGGUACUGCAGUUAAGCUGCUCAGGAUAUGCGGUGGACUUCUGGCCUUAACGUCAAACGCCCCACCUAUUCUGGUGAGGAACUCCCCGAUAUGAUAAAGGAAAAUUUGAACACCUAUUCAUGAAGAAGACAUGCGUUUCGCGUGUUCCCAAGCAGUGCGGUAAUUAAACUGUGAGACAAACCAACGGAGAAACGGAGCGUAUUAUCUUUGUUCUUGAAACAUUCUCAUAACAUUUUCAACAAAUGCACAAAUGUUUAGGAUAUCUGAAAUUAGUCUUAGAUUAUUUUUGUCUCGUGUUGUGCCGUCUAUGGCAGGUCAUCGCAAUUUAGUUGAAAAUACUUUCAUCAGGCUUUGCUUUUAAUGCUUCGAGGCGUACAGGGACAACAAACCCGAUCGAAUACAAUGUAAUUUACAAUCCAUCCACUUUAAUGAGACACAUAACAGACACAAAAGAUAGAUGUUAUGAGUUUUGUUGAAGACAAUGACGUUAAGCUGAACUGACACUUACAAUCGACGGCCACACGACACAACAAAAUUGAAGAGUUGAUGGGCCGAGUAGUGAAAGAAAAAGAGCAGACAUUCCAGCUUGUUAUAUCUUCAUUCAACAUGUCUAGUGAAGUUCCGACAUUGGAAUAUUGAAAACUUCGAUUAUACUGUUUUGGGAUUUUGCACAAUAGAUCAGUGGUGCGGAAACUUCAUUCCGCUGGUGAAGUAUUUCACGUCAUUUACUUCUCCCACAGAUAUUUUACUUGCUUCACGAUAACGUAAUAUCCCUCAAUGGAUUCGUAUGUUUGAAGGAAUGCAGUUUUUAGGCGGAAAAUUGAUAUUAUUUUCCCGAGUUCACAUUGGCAAGAGACUAAGCCAGGUCGGGUCAGG